CCGGAAGUGAUGAUUAAACCGGAUACAUGAGACUAUGAAGUGCAUCUGAAAUUGCAUCGGGAGAAAUUAAAUAGAAGAUUUUAUUUUUCUCAUAAUCCUUAAAAACCCAUGGAGUGCACAAAAUUACAAGACGUUGCAGAGAAAAUCGGUUACACUGGUGUCUGCAUCGGAGCAGAGAGAGUCCAACUCCUCAGGAAUUCUCUCCUAACAUUGCAGAAUGAAAAUCAUUUCCGAAAGACAUAUUACUGGGGUAGAAUCAACGGAACUGAUAACGAUUAUCACAUUGCCUUUGGUUAUGCUAAAGAUUGUUUGAAAGACCGACGAUUUUUCUACAGUUUAGAUUGUUUAGACUGGUUUUUACUUCCAAGACCGACUAAAUGCGGAAAAUUACUGACACCAUUAUCACCAACUCUCUUCGAUGGGAAUCCAUCGAUAGUCACCAAUAUCAGUAAAAAUCCAGCCUUUUCAGCGGCUAAAAAUAGGACUGAAUUUGGUGAGGGACCACCUCAAUUCCUAAAGGAAGAAGAUCGCUUAUCUGCAACCGUUGAAUUUAUAACAGAGGAAUCUCUGAUAAUUCCCCGAGGCGCUUGGUGCAGGCGUCCAGACGGAUCCACAACCGAAAAUAAUGCAUUCGAGGGUCUAGACCCUAUCGAAUCGUUGGACCAAAAGUCGUAUCUCCACGCACGUUUUCCGAAAGAGAAAUGGACGGAAAAUCUCCUAACGAGAAAUGACUACAAUUAUUCAUUAGAUUUUCUGGAUCCCACGUCUAUAGAUAUCCCAGGAGAGUGCUGGAAUAUUCAGAGAUACUUAGGCUCUCGUCUAAUUAUCCUGCAAAACCUUUACUGGCCUGGUAUGACGUUUUAUCACAUCCCAGAAUCACCUCAUCACGGUUUUCUGUACAUCGGAUAUGGAAUGAAAAAUAUAAAUCUACCAUUUAUGCUUUAGAGUAUUCUCCAACAUAAAAAAUAAUAAUAAUCCGAAUAAUUACUGACAUUAUUGCUAUUAAAUUCUAAU